AUGGACAGCUGGCUUCUUUCCAGGGUAUAUGAGGAUGAACUGAGCGGAGAUUCAGUACGUCUUGUGGUGUUGGAACCUGGUAAUAAGGACGAUCCUUUACACUGCACCCUAAAAACGACUUCCUUAGCCGCCGCUGCAGAUAAAUAUGAAGCAAUCUCCUACGCGUGGGGAGAUCAGAACAAUCUCGUCGACAUCCAAUGUAAUAAUGUAACCCUUGGCGUUACAGCGAACCUAGCGAGCGCUCUCGGCCAACUCCGAUACAGAGAUAAACCAAGGCAACUCUGGGCAGACGCCAUUUGUAUUAAUCAACAAGAUGUCGAGGAGCGGAACCAACAGGUGCAGAAGAUGGGCCACGUGUACGAAGGUGCUAAGAGCGUACUUGUCUGUCUCGGGCAAGACACUACCAACGUGGCAGAAGAUUGCUUUGAAUUAAUAUGUCAAACGAACAACUACCUUGGGAAACUCUUGCGGAGAUACGGUCACUGGGGAAACCUCCCAUUUCUCGGCAACUCUACCAUAAUUGAGAAUGAUCCUGCGCGGUGGGAGAAGCUCAGAAUGCUGUCCACACUCCCAUGGUUCCGCAGGCUAUGGGUCGUGCAAGAGACGGGAAUGGCGAAACGGUGCAUCCUUCAUUGGGGAGAGUCCAAGAUGCCAUAUGCGGAAUACGUAGAGCUGCAGUUGUGGCUCGCAAUGCGACCAGAUAUAAGAAGUCGAUCCGGGCCCGUCAACGAUGUUGCCUCGGCAGAAUGUUUCGAAUACGUGCAGUGUCGGUUCCGCAACAUCCAAACAUGGCGACGAAGUAAGCCGUUGGCGGCAUACCGAGCAAAUGCGAUCCGCAAUAUCCCAACAGCGUUUGUCAACGUCCUCGCUGCCGGGAGAAGAUUAAAGGCCACGGACCCUAGAGAUUAUGUCUAUGGCUUCCUAGGAAAUCCGCUAGCAAUAUCAGACUACGGUCAAAUGAUUAUCACGCCAGACUAUAACAAGUCCUGGCAAGACGUCUAUUUCCAGACUGCCUGCACUUUGCUUGGGCAACCUCGCGAGGCACCUUAUGUCUUAUCUCACACCCAUCAUAUCUCGGGAGAUGAAAUACAUGCUUCUAAUGAUCUUCCUUCCUGGGUGCCUCGCUGGGGUCAGGAUUCUUCCCCGGCUCCUCUCGGCAACCCACAAUUCUGGUUCUCUGCCGGUGGUCCUCAAUCGACCCUCCAGAUUGAAGUAAACGCCUCGAAGUCGCUCUCUGUACGUGCCCUGAUAUUUGAUGAGGCAUCAUGGGUGUCACAGCCUAUGCUUGACUACAACCUAUCGCUUGACCGAACUGAAUGGGACACUACAUUCUCUUCCAACAAAGUUCCAUUCAUUGACGUUCUUUAUGAGGAAGUGAGCGAUAACUGGCCAUAUUCCGAGAAGAAACUGCUCAAUCAAUUUCCAUCCGUCUUGGCUGUAGGGUUUGCACCAUGGCAGCUCAGUGACCCUUCAGAGAUGACAAGAACCCGAGAGUACUAUGAGGACUACCUGGAUAUCGUCCGACGUGCUGCAGCGUUAGAUUCAGGGCUACCGAACCCAAAUGACCAUUACGAAGGGCUAGAUUACGCAUUUCAUCUCAAGCAUGCUCAUAACAGGCGACUCUUUCGUACAAGCUCUGGCAAAUUAGGCCUGGGACCAUUAGCUACACAGCAUGGCGAUGUGUGCUGCUUAUUUGCGGGUGUAUCAGUUCCUUUCAUAUUGCGACCAGCAAGACAAGGCGGAUAUUAUCUUGUGGGCGAGUGUUAUAUUGAUGGCUUUAUGAAGUGGGAGCUUCUUUCAUUACCUUGUGGUAGAAGUGAUGAUUGGGAACUCUUGACAAUUUGGUGA